AUGUUUAAAAGAUCAUUUUCACAACUUUCAAGACAAUCUUUCCAAAGAGGUAUCGUCAACAAAGCAGUCAAGGCACCAACAACAACAACAGCAACAACAGCACCACCAGCAAAUAGUGCCACUGCUGCAACCCAGUCGGCAGCACAUGGCAGUAAUGGUACAUACAAAUCAUUUGCAGAGUAUAGAUUGAAAGUGUCUAACCAAUCCCCAUUGGCUGUUAGAUCAAAAACCUUUAACGCUAACUUGAGAACCAAACACGCAGUUGCCUAA